AUGGGCGAACCAUCGGAAAAAGAGAAACGUACCAAAAUGAUCGAAAAAGAGUUCGACCAGAUCAUCGACGAGGCUGACAAGUUCUGUUUGGAAUUUUUGGAAGAAGAUAUGGAUCCAGAAGCGGUGAAUGCUUUGAGAAAGGCGGCGAAUAAGCUGGCAUAUGUCAAAAAGUACUACGAUGUAAUGAAGGAUGAAAUUGUCUUUUUCCCAUCGGUCGGAAAGCUGAUCCUCAAAGGUGAUUUGACAGAAGAGGCUGAAAAUGAUUACUACGAAGAAGAAGAUGAAUGGCCAUUGGAAUAUACCAAAGCACUCAAGACAGUGGUUCGAUCAGCGGCCAAAACGGAAGAAGAAACAGAGGUGGACGGAGAAAACGAUGCCUACAUGGAAAAGUUGGCGACCGAUGUGGAAAUAUAA